AUGGAAAAAGUCCAUGACUCUAUUGCAUGGUAUCAAAAACAGAUAGGAUCAUAUGAUAAACAGUUGUGGGAACAGUCAGUAGAAAAUAAACUAUUAAAGGCACCAGCCAAUGUGCGUCAUGCACCCAGAAAAAGUGUUCGUUUAAAGACAGAAUUUAUUGAUGUAGAUCUCAUUAGGGGGUCUACAUUUUCUAAAAGUAAGCCGCAGGCCCCAUGGUCUUAUAUUACACGGAAAGCUUUCAUUAGAGUUUUUCUUCUACCUUUCUGCUACAGAUGGUAA